CAACCGCUUCCCGCCUCCACCAAAGCAGCACAAACAAACAGCGGACUUCUGACGAAAAAGAUGGCGACCGAGGCCUCGGAAGUCCCAACAUCCCAGCAGAGAUGGGCCUGGCUGCAUUCACACAAGCUCAGAGAAAGUGAGCUAGGAUCUACCAGCCAGCCACCCAGCGAAAAUGCUUGCGGGCCUAGCUGCACAAAUCCAGAGGCUGGCGAUGCUGCGGUGAGAUGUAAACACAGAAAUCCCUGUUUGAAUGCUGUCAGCUAUGCACAUCAGGAGCCAGAUAUCGAUGCCUUGGUAGCGGCGGCCGAACAGCCAGAUCCUCUACCCAGACAGCGCCAUGUUCUACGGCGGUCAGUGAGCUGGCCCGAGGAGCUUUCGGUGAGGGCUGCGGCAGAAGACAGCGAAAUGGAUUUCUCCCCUUCUGUCGGCCCAGGAGCGCAUCAUGCCCGGAGCUUCGGCCUAGCCGAGCCAGAGCAGCCUGACAUGGAAGUAUUAGUGGCCGGCAUGAGGCAACUGGGCAUCCCCACUGUUUGUGUCACACUGGCAGACAGCUGCCCCGAGAACGGGCCACAAAGGAUGCUUCCCUCAGAUCCUGGCUCCCCCAGCACUCUGGCCGGCCGCUUCCGCCACCUCCCCGAGGCUCCCAAAACCGGCCUCAAGCGCCUGACCCUCAGCUUCCACCGGGCAUCGCCCCAGCCCGAUAAAGGGUCAGAGGCCGCGAAGCUCAGCGUCCCCAAGCGCAAGGCGGGGCGCCGCUUUGGCCGGUCCGUGAGCCACGAGAGCGGCCUGCCCUUGCAGGCCGGACAGGAGGUGCAGCCUGGGCACGCUGCAACAAAGGGAGCCCCUGGGCUGCCUGCCAGGAGCCCCUUGCUGUCCUUCAAGGCCUACGGGCGGCAGAUCUGCAUAACCCGAAAGAACAUCAUGAUGUCCCUGGCCGGGCUGCGUGGCAAAAGGGAGGUGGCGAGGUCUCCGGAUUCCGGCCUGCCGAGCCAGGAUCCCCCAAGCGCCAACUGGAGCACCUGCUAGAGGGAAAGAGAAGUUGGACCUAUGGCGUCUCUCCCCAAAUUCCCUUGGAUGGUGGCAGGAAUAGAUAGCUUGUGGCCGACCCAAACUCCCUGGACUUGUGGCAAAACGUGGCAGCAGCCGGUGACCCAAUGAUAGCUGGUUUUUCACCCUGGCGGGGUUAAUCAUCUUCUGUCUGCAGCUACUGUAAAACAACCCUGACGGUGGGUUGUCUUCACCAGAAACUAUUUUCCAUUGCUUUCCCCCCUCCAGAUGUUGUCGGACUACAACUCCCAUCAUCCCUGCCCCUGCUAGCGGUGGCUGAUGGGAUUUGUAGUCCAACAUCAUCUGGCGGUCAAAGAGGCUUCCUAUCCCUGCCUUUAACAAGAUCCUGGUUUUAACACCAAUUCCUGUUCUCACACUGCCCAUUCUGAUGUCCCAAACUAACUCCCCCCCCUCACUGUCUCUGUGUUGUUUUUGCCCUUUCACCAGCUAACCUUGUGCAAAGUUUUGUAUAAAACCUAUUGGUUGUGAAUGUUGGAAGAGUAUCUAUUUAGUAACCCCCCCUCCCCAAAUCCACACCCUGUGCCCCCCUCCAAAUCAUCUACCACUAGCAGCUCUGACUUUGUAUUUUAUACCCGUAAUUCAUAUUAUUUUUCUCCUCCCCCCCCGGCUGCCCGUGGGGAUCUGAAUAUUUGGAGGACUGGUCCUGGCACAGCAAACCGGAGCCUCAAAAAUCACCGUUUAGAGUCGUAGAAUUAUGCUUCUUAAAAUCACCGUUUGAAAUCAGAAGGGCUUUUCUCCUGCAGCUUAUAAGUGAAGGUGAAAGGGGGGGAGCUGGGUUUGGUCCGUUUUCGCUUCCCUCAAAAUUAUUGGUGGCUGGCAAAGGGAAUAAGACUAAAAAAAGAAAAUUCCUCAGUCACAUAUUAUAUUAGUUGAGUUUGCUGUCGGAUGUUUGCGUGUGCAGGUCCCCCAGUCGCCCUCCAGGGGGCAGUCAGGUGCUUCCCUUGUUUCCAAAUAUACUCUUAUUAUUUUAAAGAAAAUCUUUUCUGAUGGGUAUGUCUGCAAUGCCUUGUGUACCUUUUUUCUUAAUUCUAACAAACACGAAAUAAUUAAAAGCAAGAAAUACCACACAGCGGCUGUUUCUCCUAAAUGACU